AUGUCCGAAAACAUCUGCUCUCGAGCCCCAUACGCGCUCGCGCUACAGGUAACCCAGCAAAGUAGCAUAUAUUUUUCGGCGAGAAUGAGAAUCCGGGAGAAGAAGAUGAAGCCGAGGGAGGCGGAUGAGGGGAGUGAAGAAGAAAGACCGCCAGCAGAAGUAGGACUUCGUGACCGUCUUGCGCAUUUUACUUGGCCAUGGUUCGCCGCCACCAUGUCGACGGGUGCGCUCGCUGUCGUGCUGGGUAAUACGCCGAAUACAUUUACCGGACUACGGACGAUUGGAAAAUGCUUCUUCAUCUUCGACAUUAUCCUGUUCCUGCUGUUCAAUGGACUGAUGAUGACGCGAUUCAUACUGGUUCCGCGCAAAAUAUUCGCUUCACUGCAUCAUCCGGUGGAAGGACUCUUCUUCGGGACGUACUGGGUGUCUAUUGCUUUGAUUCUAAAUUGUGCUUAUAUCUACGGUAAGGCCGAGACUGGUGAUUGGCUCAACAAGGGGCUUGAAGUUACCUUUUGGAUGUACUGUGCAGCCGCUUUCAUCGUGGGCGUUGCCCAGUAUGCCAUGUUCUUUCACCUGGAGCGACUGAGCGUUGUGGACGCGGUCCCGGCUUGGAUAUUUCCCAUCUACCCACUCUUGGUCGUCGGAACACUGGCAGGAACUAUACUACCCGGACAGUCAGAAGACGCAAGCUGGAAGAUGUUUGUCGGUGGUGUCUUCUUCCAGGGUCUUGCCUGGCUCGUCUCCUUUCUCAUCUAUGGCAUCUACAUACAGCGACUCAUGACCAGCAAUCUGCCGUCACCGAGUGUGCGGCCUGGCAUGUUCGUAUCCGUCGGGCCCGCUGGUUAUACUGCAGCAGGAAUGAUCUCGCUCGCCAACCAAGCGCCCACCCUCAUAUCAGCAAACUACUGGACAGAUACCACGGUCCCAGAUGGAGAAAUCGUCCGCAUAAUCGGUAUCAUGACUGGCCUCUUCAUCAUCCUCUUCGCAUACUGGUUCUUCUUCAUCACCGCCAUUGUCGUCUUGGCCGGCAUCGGUAGGAUGAGCUUCUCGCUCAACUGGUGGGCUUUUAUCUUUCCAAACGCGGGACUCACGCUGGCGACGAUACAAGCUGCAAAGGUACUCAAUAGCGAAGGUAUGAAAGGUAUAGCUAGCGCCUUGACGAUAUUGUUGGUCGUCAUGUGGCUGAUUACUGCUGUCUUCUGCAUUCGCGCGGUCUAUCGGGGGGAUGUGCUCUGGCCCGGUAAAGACGAGGACAAGUCUAUGGAGAGACUUGCUUGGGGUUGGAGAGGAAACAUGGGUAAUCCAGAGGCGCGUAAAAUCAUCCAGAGGAUCAGUUCUCCAGCUUAA